CGUCUCAAACAUUUCUCUCUCUCUCUCUCUAAGGUCUGGGAGAAAAAAAAAACACACAAAAGAACAGUGAUCGUCUAGAGAUAUACACUGACUCGGAUCAGUUGGGGAAAAAAAAUAUAGCUUUUGGAAUUUGAUACUUUUAAAAUCUUGAGUGAUCGGACAUGGCUUCUGGGAAAGAGCGUGACGCUUUCGUCUACCUCGCUAAGCUUUCUGAGCAAGCUGAGCGUUAUGAAGAGAUGGUGGAAUCAAUGAAAAAUGUUGCGAAAUUGAACGUUGAUCUGACCGUGGAAGAGAGGAACUUGCUCUCUGUAGGAUACAAGAACGUGAUUGGUUCUAGGAGAGCUUCCUGGAGGAUCUUCUCUUCGAUUGAACAGAAAGAAGCUGUGAAAGGGAAUGAUGUUAAUGUAAAGAGGAUCAAAGAUUAUAUGGAGAAGGUUGAGUUAGAGCUUUCAGACAUAUGCAUUGAUAUAAUGUCUGUGUUAGAUGAGCAUCUGAUUCCAUCGGCUUCUGAGGGUGAAUCAACUGUCUUCUUCAACAAGAUGAAAGGUGACUAUUACCGCUACCUUGCAGAAUUCAAAUCAGGGAAUGAGAGGAAAGAGGCUGCUGAUCAGUCUUUGAAAGCCUAUGAGAUUGCUACUACUGCUGCUGAGUCUAAACUUCCACCAACACAUCCUAUCAGAUUGGGUCUGGCUUUGAAUUUCUCUGUCUUCUACUACGAGAUCAUGAACGCACCUGAAAGGGCAUGUCACCUUGCUAAGCAGGCGUUUGAUGAUGCUAUCUCAGAGCUUGACACACUGAAUGAAGAAUCUUACAAAGAUAGCACCUUAAUCAUGCAACUCCUUAGGGACAAUCUGACCUUGUGGACUUCUGACAUCCCAGAAGAAGGAGCCGAUGAUUCCAUUAAGACUAAUGGUUCUACUACCAAAGCUGGUGGAGAUGUAGCAGAGUGAUCUGAUGUGUACUCCCGCAGCAGCAGCACUGGUCAACAUGUUUCAAGAACAACUGAAUGUGCGGUGAAUAAUAACGAAACUUAGAGUUCCUCUGUUUCCUGUAUUAUUAUUAGUCCCAAACCUCCUGGUUUGAAUGUAUUUUGAUGCCUGUCUCAGGACACUGCUUAUUUGUAAUUUAUUUUUCAGUACUGUCGUCUUACUAUAUGUCCUCACGGAUUCAAUCAUAUAUCCCUUCAUCUCUGAACUGUUCAGAGACAAGCUGUUUGGUUUA